AUGCAAGUGCAAACUCCAAAGCACUUCUGCCAUAAAACAAAUGCGAUUUCGACCACGUCAUACACGCUUUUUACGUUUCUUCCUGCAAGGCUUGCGAAGGAAAUGACAAAAACAUUCAAUCUGUUUUUUGUUAUUCUUUGUUGUAUCGUGAUGGUGCCAAAUUUAACUCCCUUUUCAAAGACUUCUUAUAUAUUGUGUAUUAUAUUUUACAUUUGCACGAGCAUUUUAAAGACAGGAAUAAAUGAAAUUAAAAAAUAUAAAUUAGAUAGGAAUAUCAAUAAAAAGGAGACAGGAGCCAUAAGACACGGCAAAUACGUAAAAAUAUUCAGAGAAGACAUAAAUGUGGGGGAAAAGCUGAUUAUUGCCAAGAAUGAACCUAUUCCUGUGGAUGUGCUAAUUUUGGCUGCGUAUACAGAGACUUCAGAUGAGAACAGAGGCCAAACAUUGCAGAUAUACAUUGAGACUAGUGCAAUAGAUGGGGAGAGUGCCCUAAAACUAAAGCAGGCGCCAAUUAAACUAGUAAACACGGAGAUAUUGGCGCAGGAUGAAGUUCUAGCACUCGAUAUAAUUAGGGCUGAGUAUGAUCCAGAGACUCUUUCUGGAGAUCUGACAGUUAGGCUGCCCAGCACAGAUGCACACACAGAUACAGAGGAAAGCGCAGUUACUAUUCCUAUUACAAAAAAGAAUUUUAUUCCUAUGGGCGCUUCUAUAUACACAGACAUUACAACGGUUGGACUAUCUCUGGGAGCCAAAAAAAAGAACUCUACACCUUCUCGUAUUAAAGGAUCUAUUUUUAUUAAUAUGAUCUCUAGGCUAAGCAUAUACAUAAUAGUUGCAUAUAUCAUUCUGCUAUUUAUAUCAGUUAUAAGUGCAUGCUGGUUUAUGAUACACGGAGAGUGGCUACUCGGAGAGGUGACUAUCUCUAUUAUGGGAGAUGGUAUGAGAACACUUACCUCUAACAUUCUUAUAUUCAGUAGUUUAAUACCGCUCUCUCUGUUUGUCACACUAGAUGGGCUUAGAAUAUCAUACUCUAUAUUUAUACAAAGCGACAGGAGCAUGAACUACAAUGAAAAAAAGACUACUUGUAACACACACGGUGUAUUAGAAGACAUUGGGCUAGUUUCUCAUAUACUGUCUGAUAAAACAGGAACACUUACCUUAAAUAAAAUGAAGUUAAAGGGGGUCCAGCUGCCGGGAUCUGACACUCCGAUGCUAAUAGAAGAGAAUGCAGAUCCAUUGCAUCAUAACAUGUGCAUGGUAAGUAUUCUGACAAUGCUUCUCUGCCACUCUGUAUGUAUAGUAAAUGGAGAGUAUAUAGGUACAUCCCAGGAAGAAGUAUGUGCACUGCAGUAUUUCAAGAGCACGCAGAUGGAGUUACUCAGCAACCAAAAUGACAGAAUGAUUAUGUCUCUUAAUGGCAGGAAAGUGUGUGCUAAAAUAUUGGGGGUACUCCCAUUCUCUCCAGCAAUAGCAAGAAUGUCUGUUAUUGUACUGGUGGAUGGCAAGAUAUUCCUUUUAACCAAAGGCUCAGAUGAGGUAGUGCCUAAUGACUCUGCAGUAAAAAUAGGAGGAGAGUAUCGAACUUUGGCCAUGGCAGGCGCUGAGCUUAGUAUAGAAGACAUAAAAAGAACUGCAGUGCAUUGCAAAGAAAACCCAAAUAGGGAAGACCCAGAUGAUAAUUUGCCAGAGAGCAUAGACAGAGUUAUAGAACUAUUUGAAAGAAACAGCGAGCAGAAUGAGAGUGAUAUGGCAGAGAAUAUGGAGUGUAGCGGCAGUGAACCAAUUUCACUUCCAAUAGACUUUAUUCUAGAGUGCGAAAAGCUUUCAAAAUAUACAGGAACACUAUACCUUGAAGAUGCACUGCAGCCAGAGGUGGAACAAACAGUUAAAUCAAUUAGAAACAAAGGAAUUAAUCUUUGGAUGGUGACAGGAGACAGAAAAGAAAGCGCUGUGUCAUGUGGUCUAUUAUCGGGUAUGCCUCGUAGUAGCAAAGCAAUUUCAGGCAAAGAAAUAUGCAGUCUUACAGGAAAUGAUUCAGAAACACUCAAAGAAGAAUCCUUAAUAAUUUUUAGAUGCUCUCCUGAGGAAAAGAAGAAAAUUGCGCAUAUGCUAAGAGUAGCAGGGAAUAUUGUGCUAAGUGUUGGAGAUGGUGAAAAUGAUAUUGGAAUGAUUGAAGAGGCAGAUAUUGGAGUGUGUGUAUGCGGGGUUGAGUCAAAUCGGCCAUCUCUUUCUGCAGACCUAUCAAUCCCAUCGUUCAGUGCACUUAGAAGGCUAGUUCUAUACCAUGGCCCAGUGGCUUUAAACCGUCUAAGAAAUGUGUUUUUGUUCUUUAUAUUCAAAAGCGUAUGCGUAGCUGUGUGCCAGUGCAUUUAUGGGGGAAUAGUUGGGGCCUCUGGGUCUAUGGCGCCGUCUUCUCUUUUCCUUCUAUUCUUUAAUGCAAUGCUAACUUCACCGCUCUCGGUUGAAAUGGGGCUAUUCAGAAGAGAGUGUUUAAAUAAGUCAAUUAUGGACUCGUUCUUACGAGGGGUACUAUACGGAGUAGCCUCAUUUAUUGUAGUGUACAGCUUAUUUGGAUCAAUUGACGUAAUGGGCGCUGGCGGUGAACUGGGCAGCCAUUCUGUGGUAAGCUGCUUCUUUUCAUUAUGCCUGUUCAUAUCCACAGUUAUAUACUUCAUAUUCUCUGCAGAGUCUUUUGUGAUUUACUCCUUUUUGGCGCUGUUUGUCUCUGCAGUAUUCUUUAUCAUAAUAGUUGGUGUGGAUAUUGGGUUUGAAGUAUUUGCAUCACCUGCGCUCUAUAUGUGCGCUAUGUAUAUGACCAUGUGCGGUUUGCUUGUUGAAAGAACUGCGUGCCUUUUAAGAAGAAAGCAGGCCCCAUAUCAAGAACUUACUGCAAUUGAUAGUGAACCUGUUGUGUAA